AUGGCCGCCAAAGAGAUCAAUCAAAACUUCCAAUUACACAACCUAUUCAAUGUGAAGAAUAAAGUGGCCGUCAUCACGGGCGGUGGUUCGGGAAUCGGUCUCAUGGCCACCCAGGCCCUUGCCGUGAAUGGUGCGAAAGUAUACAUCACAGGGCGAACUGAAGAGAAGCUCGAGAGAGUCGCAGAACUCUAUAACCAAGACAUCUCCGGCCAAAUUAUCCCCAUUACUUCCGACAUUACGAACAAAGAUUCGAUCAACAAGCUCGUUAAAGAAAUAAGCUCGCGCGAGAAAUUCCUCUCAAUCCUCAUCAACAAUGCCGGAAUCUCCAGCAGCACCCAAACAACCGAGCACGAAGAUCCCAAUGAGCUUCGCAAAUCUCUAUUCGAAGAUCCCUCCGCCGACAUCGGUGAAUGGGAUCGCGUUUUCCGCACCAAUGUCUCGCAGCUCUUCUUCAUGACAUCGGCUUUCCUCCCGCUACUUCAGAAGGGUUCAGAGCAAGAGCAUGGCUGGUCGAGUACUGUUAUCAAUAUCUCAUCAAUCUCGGGCAUUGUGAAGCUCUCGCAGCACCACUUUGCAUACAAUGCUUCUAAGGCGGCCGCGAUUCAUCUGACCAAGAUGCUGGGACAUGAGGUGAUGACAUCCAAUUUGAAGAUUCGAGUGAACAAUAUCGCGCCCGGUGUCUUCCCGAGUGAGAUGACAGCGAACGAGAGUGAUGAAAAGCAGAAGAGCUUCAUUCCAAAGGAGAAAUACGAGCAGAAGGUCCCGGCUGGAAGACCUGGCAAGGAUGAGGAUAUGGCGAGCACUGUUCUUUUCGCAGCCACCAACCAGUACCUCAACGGUCAGACUGUUGUUGUCGAUGGAGGAUAUGUUCUUGCUGCUGGAUCUGUGUAA